AUGUCCUCAAAAACAAACGACGAACCACUGGCCCGGGCGGGCGAGACUGCAUCACCGGCGGACCCAGGUCAGCCAACUCUUCAACGCUCACCGACGGCAGCCACCGAGGACAACCACGCGCACGGCUUCAAGCUUCUAUCGGUCAUGGUGGCCCUCUUCUUGUCUGUGUUCUGCGUGGCCAUUGACCGGACCAUCAUUGCCACGGCCAUUCCCAAGAUUACCGUCGAGUUCGACUCGCUGCCCGACAUAGGCUGGUACGGCUCGGCAUAUUUGUUGACGUCCGCCUCGUUCCAGCUACCCUUUGGCCGCAUCUAUGCCGAAGUCAAUAUCAAAUGGGCGUUUCUGGUCGCCGUCGUGCUGUUUGAGGUCGGCUCCGUCAUCUGUGCGGCCGCGCCCAACUCGGCGGCCCUGAUUGUCGGGCGGGCCAUUGCCGGCUUGGGGGCGGCCGGCAUCACGUCCGGCGCCCUCACCAUUAUUGGCCGUGUCCUGCCGCUGCACCGCCGGCCCGUAUUCACGGGCGCCAUGGGCGCGGCCAUGGGCAUCUCGCAGGUCACUGGUCCUACGAUCGGCGGCGCAUUUGCGGACCAUGUGACGUGGCGGUGGUGCUUCUGGAUCAACCUGCCCAUCGGCGGCCUGGCCAUCCCUGUCGUCAUGCUGUUCUUGAAUUUGCCCGUUCUGCCCCCGCAGCCGUCCACUGCAGCCGGUGCUCCCGCCCCUGUGCCCCUGAGCAAGAUGACCGUCCCCCAGAUCCUCCGCCGGUUUGACGUGGUCGGCCUCGUCCUCAUCAUUCCCAGCGUCGUGUCUCUCCUGCUUGCGCUCCAGUGGGCCGGCACCGCGUAUGCGUGGAGCAGCUGGCGCAUCAUUCUGCUGCUGGUGGUAUUUGCCGUCACCUUUGUCGCCUGGGCCAGCGUCCAGCUCUAUGAGGGCGACGCGGCCACGCUGCCCCUGCGCCUCGUCAAGCAGCGCUCGCUCGCCGCCGCCAUGGUCUACAUGUUCUGCACCCUGGGCCAGCUGUUUGCGCUGACCUAUUAUGUGCCGGUUUGGUUCCAGGCCGUCAAGAACGUGUCCGCCCAGCAGUCGGGCGUCAACAUCCUGGCCAUGACGGCCCCGACGGCCGUGUUUGCCGUGCUGGCCGGUUUUCUGACGUCGGCCAUGGGCUACUACAACCCGCUUUUGCUUGCCAACACGGUGCUCUCGUCGGUGGCCACGGGCCUCAUCUGGCGGUUCGGCGUCGACACCAGCACGGGCUACUGGGUCGCUGCGCUCGUCAUCUACGGCAUCGGCAUCGGCCUGGGCGGCCAGCAGGCCUUGAUGAUCCCGCAGGCCGUCUUCAAGGGCCGCGACAUUGCCCUCGGCAGCUCGGCCAUGAUUUUCACGCAGACCCUUGCCGGCGCCAUCUUUCUGUCCGUGGCCCAGAACCUGUUUGCGCAGAACCUUGUCGGCCAGCUCGCUGCCCGCGCGCCCGGUGUCGACCCGCAGUUUGUCGUCGCCGCCGGCGCCUCGGACGUCCAGGCCACCAUGGGCAACGUCUAUUCGCCCUCGCAGGUGGCGGAGAUCGUCGCGUCCUACGCCGCCGCCCUGCAAAAGGUCUUUUUAAUGGCGCUCAUCCUGUCCGUUCUGAGCGUCCUCGGCUCGGCCUCGCUUGAGUGGAAAAAUGUCAACAAGGGCAAGAAGGCGGCGAUGGCGAUGGCUGCUGCAAAGAGCGACGCCGAAAAGGCUGUCCCGGCAUCUACUACAAGUAACGAACCAACAAACGAGAUGGGCCCCAUCGACUGCGGCCAAGACUCGGACGCCAGCAACCUGCCGUCGCACAUGACUUUGAAAGACGAGGAGGCGACUGUUGCGUUGGAGGCCGGCACUGGGGCUACGAUGCCAGCAGGCCAGAAGGAGUAG